AUGCUUGGCACCUCGGGCUUGGUUUGCCACGGUUCUCGAAGAGUACAGGGAAUCAACGCUCCCAUGACGGGUAAUGGGCUGAAACUGUCGCACAGCUAUGGGAACAUGAUCUGGGCACCUGAACAGCCCAACCCGGUACAUCCUUCCAUGGCCAUACAUAUCACACAUGUUCUCAUUAUGGAUUGCGCCUCAAAGACUCAUUGCGAGAACGACCCGGAGGUCAACUCGACCACAUCCGAGUCUCAAGGCCAAGGUUGUUGUUUGAUCGCGACGAUCGAGAUCGACCUGCAUCUGAAAAUAAGGAAUAAGAAGUUAUUGGGUCAAUAUUAUGGCUCUAUAUAUACGACUUGGCCCCGCCAGCUCUCAGCUGAGAUAGGUUUGCCCUGCUGCCCGGGAAUGCAACAACAUUGUUCAAGUCUGUCUGAUCUUCUGAUGAACUGGGCGAUGAAUGCCAUUCCCCUAUAUCAAUGCACUUGGAUCCCCUGGCAACAGAAAGAAUUUGCAUGCUUUGCGAUCCCCGGCGAUUGUGAUAAUCCAUCUUCACUUAGAAACUUGGAACAGUGUGAAGAGGCUAGGGCCGAGGCUAAGGCUAAGGCAGAGGCAGAGGCGGAGGUGGAGGGAGACAAGGACGUGGAGGUGAAGCUUCCCAAAACACUUUCGCACUUUCGAGCUCAACCCAGAGCAGCCCCGUCCUGCAAUCGAACAGCAGACGAACGCCGUAACCCAGAAGAGACACUCAUAAUGGGCCGGGGAUCCCAACCUCCCUAUUCGCUGGCUUUUAGACACUCUCGGGGAUUGGGGAGUACCUGUCGGAUUCCUUUCUCAUUUCAGUACCUUGGUCGGGAGAGGGUCAAGAAUGGGUCCUCGCCACCUCCAUCAUGCGACCAUGACCCUCGCCGCCAAGUCUACCUAAAGGUUGACCACUCCUACGCCAGGAGGUCAACAGUCGCUGCGUCACCAUCAGAAUUCCUGAAAUGGACCCCCUAUAUACUUGAUCGACACCUCUGUCAGGCUGACCGGGCGAGGCGUAUCUGGGAUCGGGCUCUUGGUCACGCCAAGGUCAUUGUGAGUCCUGCCAAACCGGAGAAAGGGACCGCUGAUACUAAUACAUCGAGAGACCGGGUUCAUCCGGGCUGCGGUCAUGUCGUCAAACUCAUCCCCGUACCGACAAUGAACACCGCGCGACCUCAACACAUCUGCCAAACCUUCCCCAGACGGUCCGGCAACGUUGCAAAGGCUUUGAGACUCCUCUCCUCCGCCAUCCAGGGUUGA